AUGGCCCUGGCCACCGCCCUGGCUGAGCUGCAGGCAGAGGUCCGCUGCCCGCUGUGCCGGGGGCCCCUGCGUGUGCCCCUGACCCUGGACUGCGGCCACAACUGCUGCGGCUCAUGCCUGCGGGGGCGCUGGCAGAACCUGCAGGAGCCCCUGCCCUGCCCCGUGUGCCAGCACCCAUGUCCCCGCGAGCCCCGCAGGCCCAACACGCAGCUGGCACGGCUGGCUGACCUGGUCAGCCAGCUGCCCGGCCAGAGACCGGAGGGACACGCCCGGGAGGCAGGAGGCAGCUGUGCCGAGCACCAACAGGCCCUGAGCCUCUUCUGCGACGACCACCUGGAGCUGCUGUGUGGCCAGUGCGCCGCCUCCGCUGCCCACCGCGGCCACCGCCUGACGCCCAUCGGCCCCGCGGCUGCUCAUCACAGGACCAAGCUCAAGGGCUACCUGGAACUUCUGCGCAAGCAGCUGCAGGAGGCGCGGAGGGCCCGGGGACGGCAAGGCGUUGAGAGACAGGAGUGGAGAGAGAAGGUGGCAAAGCAGAGGACUGAACUGUUUUGGGAAUCGGAACAGCUGAAGCAUUCCUUGAGAAUUGAGUACCAUGUCCUUGACAAGGGGAUACUGAGGCAAAUGUCGAGCCAUUCCGAGAAGAUCUUGCAGGGCAGAAACCAGCUGGUAGAGUAUCGUGCCAGCCUGCAGAGGACGCUGCGGGACGUCACCCAGCUGUGUCUGCAGCCAGACCUGGGUCUGCUGACCAGGCUCCGCCGUGUGCAGCUGCAGUGCAGGGAGUCUAAAGACAUGGAGCUCCCUGCAGCCCCUUGGUCCGGACCAACGAAGGCGCCUCACAUGUUCUCCCUGCAUCCUUUUGGUUUGCAGAACCUUAUCAGGAAGUUUUGGGUGGAGCUGACACUGGAUCCGGAGUCGGCGCACCAGACGCUGGUGGUCACCCGGGACAGGGGUACCGCCAUCUACUUUCGCCAGAACAUGCACCCCACCUCCGACUCUCACCCCCAGGCCUUCACCUCUCACCCCGCGGUCCUGGGCGCACAGGAAUUUGUGGGCGGCAGGCACUUCUGGCAGGUAGAAAUCAGAGGUUCGGGAGCAUGGUCCCUAGGGGUGUGCAAGGAGUCCUUCCCCAGAAGCGCGCCCGUCACACCCUCCCCAGACCACGGCUGCUGGCGACUUCAGCCCCACACCUCAAGCUCCCUGGACCUCUACCCCUCCCACGUGUGUAUCGGGGUGUUCCUGGACUAUGAGCUGGGCAAGAUUUCCUUCUACAACAUGCUUAACCGGUCACUACUCUGCACUCUCACGGAGAGAUUCACGGGGAGACUUCGGCCCUAUUUCGGCUUUGAGUUUUGUUCCUUGCUGUGUUCCAUGAACGUGAAUGGAGACAUGGACUGA